AUGCCAGGAACUACAAAAACCUUUUCCCAGAUACUAUAUUUCGUUAGUAAUCGAUAUCGCGGUCUUGAUACUGGUGACAGUGAUUUUAGUCGUCUUGUUUGUGCUUGUGAAGGGUAUUCCGAUGUUUUUAAAGCAACAUUCCUACUUGGUGUUUACCAUAAUGUUAGUCGUCACCAUUCUAUUUCUUGUAUUUGCAUUCGUGAUGAAAAUUCGGUCGAAUAUUAUCACCGUUCGUAUAAUGCUUUGGACUAUAGUCAUUUUGUGGUCUGUGGUCUUCGCCACUGUGAUCGGAUCUAUUGAGUGGAAAUGUGCUCUGAUAUCAUUGGCUGUAACGAUUGUGGCUACAGUGAUCAUUGUCUUGUUGGCUUUCAACCUGCCUCCAUUGAGUGAAAAGGGGUUCAUCUUCUUCUGUACUAUAUCAGGGCUCCUUGGAGUUUCAGCUAUCGUUGGAAGGAUUUGGAAUUACUGGACCACCGAAUCAAAUAUUGUA